UAUCAAAAAAAAAAAAAGAAACAAGAACAAAGACAAGACUCCCGCAAUUUAAUAUAAUACAAGUAUGUAAUGUGAAAAUCAAUUGAAAAUGAACCAAAUUAUAUAAGUUAAAGCAGAAAAGAUAUGGGUCAGUGUUGAAUUUUAUAUUUGGAAGCACUCACAGAUUUUGGAAAUUUGGCUACAGUUCUCGCGUUCUACACUUUUAAAUGAUGCAACACCGCUUAAUCUCCCAACAUACCUUAGUUUUCCAUUAGCAACUCCAGCCAGGGACAGACACGAAGGAAGUCACCCAGAAUGGCUGUAAACCUCGUAUCGCAUGACCAUGCUGAAGAUGAUUACAUUGACAUGGAACUCAAUUCAUUCUACAACUUCCAUGGCAAUUCCAUAAGCUCUCCUCCACUCCACAGAGAGUUUGAAUUCCACAUGUCUUCACUCUCUUUGGACAGAGAGCACACAACUUCACCAGCUGAUGAGCUCUUCUACAAAGGAAAGCUUCUUCCUCUUCACCUGCCUCCACGUUUACAAAUGGUUGACCCCAGCCCUGCUUAUGCAACCAGAAAAAAUGACUUUGGGGAAAUAUAUAGCACUCCGAUAGCCACGACCGCUGCAACUCCAACUUCAACAAGCACCCCAUUUGAAUCAUGCAAUAUUUCACCUUCUGAGUCCUGUCGGGUUAGCAGAGAGCUGAAUAUGGAAGAGUAUUUGUCCCAUUCAACUGAUGUCAGUGUACUCAUCAAUGAAAGUGUGAAAAAGUCCUGGAUAAAAAAGCUUAGGCUGGUCAAGGAGUCCUCACUCGGUUCAAAGCUGAAAGCUUCCCAGGCUUACCUCAAGUCUUUGUUUGAGAAAUCUACUUGUUUAGAUGAGUCGUGUGCAGCAGCUACAAUUACAAAAGUACCAGAUGAAAUCUCAGCUUCAAAAGCCAAAGAAAAUUUGAACAAAUACGUGAAAGCAGCAAAGAAAAACCCAUUUGGGCAAAUCCAAAGAAGGAGACACCAAUUUUACAAUGCUAGAGACAUGGGAAAGAUAACUGAGAACGCUGUUGGUUCUCACAGAAGAUCAUUCUCAAUUGCUAUCAAACGACAUUCAACAAACAAGUCUUCAUCUUCUUCAUCAUCAUCAUCAUUGACAAGCUCAAACAACACAAACCGAAUGCACAUUAGGCCUUAUCUCAAGAGGAGCAAAAGUAUGAAUUCAGAAAUUGAGAAUUCAAUACAGGGAGCAAUCACACAUUGCAAGCAGUCUCAACAGUCUUUCCAUCCAAAGCAGAUUUUGAGUGAAAUUGGAGUUUACUCAUUGUCUGCUUCCAGGAUUGCAGUAUGUGAAGACCAGGAAAGGCCUGACCUUAGCAGGGGCUGAGAGAGAGGGAGAGAUGGAGAAAGAGAAGGGAAGAUGGGAGAUUGGGGUUGGGGAAAGGACAAGCAAAGGACAAACUACAAAUUUUAGAUUCUAGUUUUAAUCAGUAUACUUUGUGCCAAGGGCAGACUACUCCUACACAAUGUGCAAGACCAUAUUGAACACUACAAUUAGAAAAUCCUGCACAACCUGAAGUAUGUGACAUGUUUGGCUCACUGAUGCCUGCUAUCUUUACAUCCAUUGACAGCUUCUUCAACAUCAAUAUUCACGGUGCAAGAAAGAAUAACAGUUUCAAUUAUGCAGCACUAUUUUUUUUUCCUUGUUUAUGUACAACAUUCGAUUACUCUUUGAAAAAUAGCACUGUGGCAAAGUCUAAAUAAGCUAAUUAAAUUUGAUGUCGAUACUUAUAAGACAUCCUCAAUACAGUUAUUGCUACUGGAAGAUUUAAGGUAACUACAUUAGAUAUGGGAUAGCAAAGUAUACAAUCAAUGUGUCCAUGGAGAUGACAUAUGAAUCAUUCCGACACAGACCACACUUUCACUCCUAAUGAUGCUAACUGCAAAUCUGCUUCAGAGUAUUUUUAAAUAUCCAGGUGUACUGCAUGAUAGAAGAAUCUAAUAUCCCUCGUCCCUUGCAGUUGAGUUAAUUCACUUGUCAAAAUAUAUGAGUCAGAAUUUAAAUAUGAAGACAAACUAUGUUCGAAACUAGUUUAAACAAGGAACAGCAGAGAGCCCUGCUGUGACAUUCAUAAUCAUAACAAAGGAACGAUUCAUAAGCUAUAUUAAAGUGAUAUUCAAGAUAAUGUUCACUUUGAUUUCCAAGAAUAACUUUGUUUCCCGUCCCCAAUGUUUGACAUUAUGACAAAUUAAUAGUAAUUUUACAUUGCUCACUUGUAAGUGGAGAGCAAUCUAAUAUGCCAUCUCUUCUACAACCCCACAUCUUUUCCCUAAAACUUUAUAUUAUUGUAAAGCAACAAUUAUUUGUUGAGUCAAUGAUAGGACAACAUAGUUGAUGAUGACCUGAUUGGAAAAAAAUUAUAAAAAUAAUAAUUUUAUAAGAAAUACCUACCUACAUUUUUUAUGUAGACUUGUAAAGGAAGUAUAAUGAUUUUGGAUCAACUCAUAAGACAUCAUUUCUUUUAACUAAUAUAAUAAACAACUAAUCAAGAUUUGGGUAAAGAAACAAGAGCCAGUGCCCUGUACACACAUGGACAUAUUACUAAGAAAAGGAAGAUGAUCAACAAUUAAAUAUGAUGGAAUAGAAAUCUUCAGGUGCCGACAAACAACUCUAUCUUUUCCAAUUAUUUUUUUAGUGGGUGUACUGAACCUUAAAUUAAGUAAACAUGCCAGCUAGAGUUUUGACAGGAUGU